CCCCCUUUCCCUAAAGUGAGUGAGUGAGACGGGCAGAUGGAGGAGGGAUUGUAAUGGCGGCGGCCGGCAGCUCCCUGCUCUGACCCACGGCAGGCACAUAGCAACGACCCCCUCCCCGCCCUUCUCCCGGCCGGCCUCCGCCCCGCCGUCGGCGCUGGGCCACCCUCCACGGCCCUUCCCCCAGCUGUCGGCGUCUAGCCCUGCGCCCCGGCCGGGGCCCCACACACAAUGGACGAGCUUGCCGGAGGCGGUGGUGGCGGCCCGGGAAUGACGGCCCCUCCCCGGCAGCAGCAGGGACCUGGGGGGAACCUGAGUCUUUCGCCGGGGGGCAACGGAGCGGCGGGCGGCGGGGGUCCUCCGGUCUCCGAGGGAGCCGGUCCCCCGGCAGGCCCCGAGCUGUCCCGGCCACAGCAGUACACUAUUCCGGGGAUACUGCACUACAUCCAGCACGAGUGGGCUCGGUUCGAGAUGGAGCGGGCGCACUGGGAGGUGGAGCGGGCCGAACUGCAGGCACGGAUAGCAUUUUUACAAGGAGAAAGAAAAGGUCAAGAGAAUUUGAAGAAGGAUUUAGUAAGAAGAAUAAAGAUGUUAGAGUAUGCAUUAAAACAAGAAAGGGCAAAAUAUCAUAAAUUAAAGUAUGGCACAGAACUGAACCAAGGUGAUUUGAAAAUGCCAACCUUUGAAUCAGAAGAAACCAAAGACACAGAGGCUCCCUCAGCACCUCAGAAUAGCCAGUUAACAUGGAAGCAAGGCAGACAGCUGUUAAGACAGUACCUUCAGGAAGUAGGUUACACAGAUACAAUAUUAGAUGUACGGUCUCAGCGGGUAAGGUCAUUACUUGGACUCUCUAAUUCAGAACCAAAUGGAUCAGUAGAAACAAAGAACUUAGAACAAAUCCUGAAUGGUGGUGAAUCUCCGAAGCAAAAAGGACAAGAAAUCAAAAGGCCUACUGGUGAUGUUCUUGAGACAUUCAAUUUCUUAGAAAAUGCUGAUGACAGUGAUGAAGAAGAGGAAAAUGACAUGAUUGAAGGCAUCCCAGAAGGAAAAGAUAAACAUCGGAUGAAUAAACACAAAAUAGGUAAUGAAGGCUUAGCUGCAGACCUAACUGAUGAUCCUGAUACAGAGGAAGCACUGAAAGAAUUUGAUUUUUUAGUGACUGCUGAAGAUGGUGAAGGAGCUGGAGAAGCACGGAGUUCAGGGGAUGGCACCGAAUGGGGGGUCAACAGAACAAAACUCUGCGACAUGAUAGCUGAUCUGGGAGAUGAUGAGCUGCCCCACAUCCCUUCAGGAAACAUUAAUCAGUCUAGGUCAGCCUCUACUAGAAUGACUGAUCAUGAAGGUGCAAGAGCAGAGGAAGCUGAACCAAUAACGUUUCCAUCUGGAGGAGGCAAGUCAUUUAUUAUGGGUUCUGAUGAUGUUUUGUUAAGUGUACUGGGCCUUGGAGACCUUGCAGACUUGACGGUAACAAAUGAUGCAGACUAUAGUUAUGAUUUGCCUGCCAAUAAAGAUGCCUUUCGAAAGACAUGGAACCCCAAGUAUACACUACGUAGCCAUUUUGAUGGAGUGCGGGCAUUAGCUUUUCAUCCUGUUGAACCUGUGCUGGUUACUGCCUCUGAGGACCAUACCCUGAAACUUUGGAACUUGCAAAAAACAGUUCCUGCCAAAAAGAGUGCCUCUUUAGAUGUAGAGCCUAUCUACACAUUUAGGGCCCACAUUGGCCCUGUUCUGUCAUUAGCUAUUAGUUCUAAUGGAGAACAGUGUUUUAGUGGUGGUAUUGACGCAACCAUCCAGUGGUGGAAUAUGCCUAGUCCUAAUGUGGAUCCAUAUGAUACAUAUGAGCCAAAUGUUCUAGCUGGCACUUUAGUUGCUCAUACAGAUGCAGUCUGGGGUCUUGCUUAUAGUGGCAUAAAAAAUCAGUUACUGUCUUGUUCAGCAGAUGGCACUGUUAGGUUAUGGAAUCCACAAGAAAAAUUGCCAUGUAUUUGCACUUACAAUGGAGACAAGGAACAUGGAAUACCUACAUCUGUUGACUUUAUUGGCUGUGAUCCAGCUCAUAUGGUGACCUCUUUCAACACUGGUAGUGCAGUAAUUUAUGAUUUAGAAACAUCACAGUCAUUGGUGAUGCUUUCAUCACAGGUAGAUUCUGGUUUACAAUCCAUUAAUCAUAUUAACAGAAUAGUAAGUCAUCCCACACUUCCUGUUACAAUAACGGCUCAUGAAGAUAGACACAUCAAAUUUUUUGACAAUAAAACGGGUAAAAUGAUCCAUUCUAUGGUAGCUCAUUUGGAUGCUGUUACAAGUCUAGCAGUAGAUCCUAAUGGAAUCUAUUUGAUGUCGGGAAGCCAUGACUGUUCCAUUAGAUUAUGGAAUUUAGACAGCAAGACAUGUGUACAAGAAAUAACAGCUCAUAGGAAGAAAUUGGAUGAGUCAAUUUAUGAUGUUGCUUUCCAUCCAUCAAAAGCAUAUAUUGCAAGUGCAGGAGCUGAUGCCCUUGCCAAAGUAUUUGUGUGAAWCCACAAAAACUCACAUCAUGACAAAAGAUUUGCUUGGACAGAAAAAGGGUCUCCAUCACUGCCAUCAGAAAGGUUAUUGAUAUAACACUACAUGUGUUCUGCCUGGUGAAGGCUAUUUGGGGCAGGCAUAAAUUGGUAGAAAUCACAUCUUAAUGUCAGGCUCAUUAAUUUAAUUGUAAUUACUGUAUUUUGUGGGACAUAAAGAAAAAGGACUCCAGUAUUUGUGGCCUGUACUGGAUAUGAACUGAGCGUAUGUCUGUUUUUUAGGUGUCUCUAAGCCAAUGUGGAGUCUGAUCUUUCAAAGACUUUUUUUUUUUUUCCCCUAAAGGACUCUGUGUGCUGCCUUAGGGUUAGGAAUGUGGUGCUCUUGUGGGGGAAAGUGAGCUCCAAGAGUAGCUUUUUUUCCAUCUCUUAGUGAUCUUAUGUUUAUCAGUUGAAUGCCACAGAUUCCCUUUUGAACUUAUUUUGCUUUAAAAAAAGAAAAAGAAGAAAAAUAAAAUUUAACUUAAAAUAUUUUAGCAUUAGUUGCACAAAAUGUUUGGAUAAAAUUCUAGUUUUUAUAAGUCUUUUUAUAUAUUUAGCCUGUCACAACAGUGCUCAAGAUUGUAUUGAAGUUUUUCUGCAUUAUACAACCCUAAACACUGAGAUCUCACUGACCAGCCACCCCCUUAACCACUUUUCUUUCCUCCUUUUGCCUAAUACAGCUCAGCUAAGUCCUUSCAUAAAGAUGCUAAAUCACCUUCAUCAUUACAUAAAUGUCUUCAUGAACAAAGGACUAUUAAGUGUAUUAAAAUGAAACAGUGGGGUUUAGUACUCCAAAGGAACUCUUUAAAAAACUAAUCUUGGCAUCCUAUCACUAUGUGAUAUUUUGUACAUCUUACUGUAUUUACAAGUUUAUUUAUCAAGGAUUAUCCAUCUUGCUAAUGGCCUAUUAUUUAUUUCACUUUUUGUUGGUCUUUAUAUCCUUUUAUUAAUGUGCUAAAGAAACCUGUAUAUCUAUUUUGGAACUCCUUUGAAUAGUCUAAAAUAGACUAAAAAUGGAAUAUUUUAUAGUUUAUGUUACAAAACAAGGUGUCCCCCCACCCAAGAUAUAUAUCUUGGUUUACCAUGAUUCCAAACAAAAUUAUCUUGUUUAAAAAUAUUUGGAGUAAAAUUUUAUUUGCAUUACAAAUAGGAUACAAAGUAGUUCAAUCAGGAAACAGAAAUCUGCUGUGUUGGGACUAGUUUUCCCUGUUUUAUUUUUUUAGAUGUGCUUAAUUUUAUGGUGUACCUAAAGAUUUUGUUUGUGUAAUGCAUGAUUAAGACAAUAAAGUAUUUUUUCUAGUCUUCCAAAAAAAACUUUUCCGAUCAGUUUGCAAGUUUUGAUGAGUUUUGUAAGGGUUUUUGUUUUACAAACUAUGAAUCAGCAAAUUUUUAAGAUUGUACCACAAAGCAAACGUACAGCUGUUGAAAAAUAAUGUAUAUAAAAUGCAUAUAAUAAAUAUAAAUUGUGUACCUGUAUGUUACUGUUGGCUACAUCAUUUUGUGUUGAAUAAUAAAGUGCAAUACUCUCCAUAAUUAAA